AUGCUGACUAUGGAAGCGAACAUUGACCUGUCGGAGCUGCAGCCGCUGGGGGAGUAUGACUUCGAGAAGAACUUUAAUCACCGGGCAGCCAGGAAAUGGAUGGAGGAGAACUGGCAAAAGUCUUUAACUAUUUCUGUUAUUUAUUUGAUCCUGAUCUUUGGAAUCCAACAUUUCAUGAAGGAGCGGAGGCCCUUCAAACUGCGUGGACCACUGAUCCUGUGGUCCUUCAGUCUGUCUUUGUUCAGUCUCGUGGCAGCCUGUCGGAUCUGGAAGCAGUUGGCCUUCCUUGUCCUUACCAAGGGAUUUAAGCAAUCAGUGUGUAGUCAAUCUUUUUAUGUCCACCCUGUUUCCAAGCUUUGGAUAUAUCUAUUUGGUCUGAGCAAAUUUGUUGAAAUGGGUGACACUCUGUUCAUUGUUCUCCGGAAAAAGAAGCUCAUCUUCCUGCACUGGUACCACCACAUUUUCACAAUGAUCUUAUCCUGGUAUGGCUAUAAGACGAUGGUAGCUGGGGCAGGAUGGAGCACAGCCCUAAACCUCAGUAUCCAUGUUGUGAUGUAUUUCUACUACAGUGUGGCAGCCAUGGGCAUCCGGGUACCUAGCUCCAUCACCAUGCUAAUUACCACUUCACAGAUUGUGCAGAUUAUUGGAUAUGUAGUAAUGAACAUCUUUAUCUUUUUCUGGAAGGAUGAUAAGUUCUGUCAGUAUACCUGGCCACUGCUUCUCCUUUCAUCGGGCUUCUAUACCAGUUUAUUGGUCCUCUUCUCCAACUUCUUCGUGAAAACUUACCUGAGUAACACCCAGAAAUCAAAGCGGAAUUGA